AUGCAAAGAGGAACGCACCAGAGGGAGAAUUUAGAUGGCGCAGGCUGCCCUCUUGUGGCUGUGGCCAUUGACGAGAAUAGCCUGAGUGCUUUUAGAUGGGCUUUGGACAAUAUCGUCGCUAGAGGGCAGACCCUCAUCGUCAUCCAUGUCAACACCAAAUCCUCGUUAGAUUCUACAGCAGACAAUGCCCUGAGGGAAAUCUUCAUCCCAUAUCAAUGUUUUUGCUCAAGAAAAAAUGUUCAUUGCAAGGGCUUCGUACUCGAGGACCCCGAUGUAUCCAAAGCAAUUGCUGAGUUUGUUUUGCAGUCUUCAAUAGAGAAGCUAAUGAUCGGUGAGUCGCCUAAAGGCGAAUUCGACAGGAGCACAGACCUGAGUUCAAGAAUCAGCAAAGCUGUGCCUGAUUUUUGUACAGUCUUUGUCAUCUCGAAAGGGAAGGUCUCCUCGGCGAGGAGUGCUGUUAGGUCAGCUCCGCCAGCUCUCCGGCAGCAAAGCCCAAUCCAAGCAGCUCCAAAACCUGAAAUUCCAAACAAUAUCCCUAGAAAUGUCAUGAAAGUGCCAAAUGAGACUGCAUUGGCUCCAUGGAAUUUGCAUAAAGAAACUGAAUUGAUAAAGUCACCUUUCACCAGAGGAGGGAAUAUUUCUUCAACAAGAUCAUACGAGAAUGUGCAGUCCAAUUCUCAGACAAUCAUGAAUGAAGAAGUGGAAGGAAGGAUCAGACAAUCGAAAUUGGAGCUGAAGCAGACUAUGAACAUGUACAACUCAGCCUGCAAAGAAGCGAUCACUGCGAAGCAAAAGGCAGAUGAGCAAAGGAUGAGAGAAGCUCAGGUGGCAGAGAAGGUAGCUCUGGCUUUAGUGGAGACAGAAGGAGGGAAUAUUUCUUCAACAAGAUCAUAUGGAGAAGUGAUGCUAGAGAGUGACAUAUCAUUUUUGAACAACGGGAGGCUGAACUUCGAAUGCACCUACCCUUCGAGAUUGUCGAAUGUCUCAGACGUCAUCAAUUACAACUUCAAAUCUCCGCGCAAGUCUGUAGGUGCUCACUCUUGGUCCGGCAAUGGCUACUCUUCAAUCUCCUACAAGACUGCGCCAUGCAAUUCUCAGGCAAUCAUGGAUGGAGAAGUGGGAGAAGAGAUCAGACGAUUGAAAUUGGAGCUGAAGCAGACGAUGGGCAUGUACUAUUAG